CUCCCCGAUCCAAACCCAUCCCCUUUCUCUCUCUAUCUCUCUCGUCACUCGCCCCCUUUCUAGGUUUUCGUUCUUCCCCCAAAUCUCUCACGAUUAUAAUCAUAAAAUCUGAAUAAAUUCCCUCCAUUGAAUCGUUUUUCCUCCAAAUUUCUAGGGUUCCGAUCGAAUUUUCAGCUCAUUUCUGCUUGGAUUGCGGAGCAAGUCUCGAGUUCGAUCUCCACCUAGUGUUUUUUUUAUACUUGAUUGGUACAAAACUACUUCAGAGUUAGAUCAUUGGAGAUUUUAUGGGUUGAAUGAAAGUAGUAGGGCAGAUCUUAUAUAAUUUUCAUGGGGGACCAUCAGUUACCCAUUGGUGCUCAAGAUCAUAACUUGCUUGGUGUUCCAGACCACAAUUUGCUUGGUGUAGAAGAUCAUGGUUUAGUUACUGGCCAGGAACAUAAUUUCGUUAAUACAGACUACACUCUAGUUAUUGGUCAAGAGUUUCCCGAUGUAGAAACUUGUCGAAGGACACUUAAAGACAUAGCCAUUGCCCUACAUUUCGAUCUCAGGAUCGUGAAGUCUGAUAGAAGUCGGUUUAUUGCCAAAUGCUCAAAAGAAGGGUGUCCAUGGAGGGUCCAUGUAGCUAAGUGUCCUGGUGUCUCUACUUUCACAGUAAGGACUUUGCAUGCUGAGCACACUUGUGAAGGGGUUCAGAAUUCUCAUCACCAACAAGCUAGUGUGGGUUGGGUCGCUCGAUCAGUCGAAGCCCGAGUGAGAGAUAAUCCACAAUAUAAGCCGAAGGAGAUUCUCCAGGAUAUCAGGGAGCAGCAUGGUGUUGCUGUGUCUUAUAUGCAAGCUUGGCGUGGGAAAGAACGAAGCAUGGCAGCAGUCCAUGGUACUUAUGAGGAAGGGUUCCGAUUUCUUCCUGCGUACUGUGAGCAGAUUAGGAGAACAAACCCUGGCAGUAUAGCACUAGUUUAUGCCACUGGCCAAGAAAACUGCUUCCACCGCCUUUUUGUAUCAUACCGGGCUUCUAUUUACGGGUUUCUUCAUGCUUGUAGGCCACUCCUGGAGAUUGAUAAGGCUGAUCUCAAGGGAAAGUAUCUCGGGACUUUGUUAUGUGCUUCAGCUGUUGAUGCUGAUGACGCUCUGUUUCCAUUGGCUUUUGCUGUUGUGGAUGCCGAGAGUGAUGAUAAUUGGAUCUGGUUUUUGUCUGAAUUAAGGAAGCUUAUCUUAGUAAACACGGAUAAGAUGCCUGUAUUGACAAUACUGUCAGAGAGGAAGAAGGGCAUUGUGGAAGCUGUUGAGACCCAUUUUCCUAGUUCUUUUCAUGGAUUCUGCCUUCGCCAUGUUAGUGAUAGCUUUCGUGAAGAGUUCAAGAAUACAAAACUACUCAACCUUUUUUGGAAUGCUGUAUAUGCGCUGACUGCAGCUGAAUUUGAUGCAAAGGUGGCUGAAAUGAUGGAAGUUCAAGAUGUCAUGCCUUGGCUCCAUCUCUUCCCACCAAGCCUCUGGGCUGUUGCAUACUUUGAAGGCAUACGAUAUGGACACUUUGCACUGGGCGUUACAGAGUUACUGUACAAUUGGGCCCUUGAAGGGCAUGAGCUUCCAAUAGUGCAAAUGAUGGAACACAUAAGAGAGCAAUUAACAGUUUGGUUUCAUGAACGUCGCAACAUAGGUAUGUCUUUGGGUUCAAUCCUCGUGCCCUCUGCUGAGAAACUUGUCUCGGAAGCUGUAACCGAUUCACGAUGUUACCAAGUUCUCCGUGCAAAUAAAGUUGAGUUCGAAAUUGUUUCAUCAGAGAGAACAAAUAUUGUGGAUAUACAAAGCCGGUGCUGCUCAUGUCGUCGUUGGCAAAUGUAUGGUAUACCAUGUGCACAUGCAGCAGCUGCGCUUCUCUCCUGUGGUGAAGAUGUCCGUCUCUAUGCUCAAGAAUGUUUUAGUGUGAGGAAGUACUGUGAGGCUUAUUCACAAGCAAUACAUCCCAUUCCAGAUAGAGGUAUGUGGAAGGAGCUUGCUGAAGGAACAGAAGGAGGCGGUAAAACGGAUAUUAUUAUACGCCCACCUAAGACCCGGAGGCCACCUGGUCGCCCUAAGAAAAAGGUUCUUCGGUUGGAAAGUUUGAAGCGUCCAAAGAGGGUUGUUCAAUGUGGACGUUGUCAUUUACUAGGACAUUCUCAAAAGAAAUGCCCAAUGCCAAUCUAAUAGUUUUGAGCAUCCAGUGUUCUGUUUAAUGUUAUUGCUGUUCUUAUAAAUUGCAAUUGCAGUAGAAAUAGCAGUCUGUCCUGGCAUGCAACUGUGCAAGCCUUUCUGACCUAUCUGAUCGUGAGUACAUUCUACAUUUAGUUACAUUCUGGGAAUUUGUCUUUUCAUGGAA